UUGCCUUUAUUUUUUAUAGCUUGAGGGAGAGCUUGCCCAAAGACAUGCCAAACGCCGUCUUGAACGUGAAAGGGGCCGCAGGGAAGCAACUGCUGAUAUGUCUGAAGAUCUAUCUGAGGGAGAAAAAGGAGAUGCCAUAAGUGAUAUAUCAGCCCAUGGUGAUAGUAACAGAGGCAGACUGCCUAGAAUCAAUUCUGCUGAUGCAAUGGAGGCAUGGGCUAGUCAGCAGAAGGGCAAAAAGCUGUACAUUGUGUUAAUAAGCCUUCAUGGUCUCAUACGAGGUGAAAAUAUGGAGCUUGGACGUGAUUCUGAUACUGGUGGUCAGGUUAAGUAUGUUGUGGAACUUGCAAGGGCUUUGGGCUCAAUGCCAGGAGUCUAUCGAGUUGAUUUGCUAACUAGACAAGUAUCAGCUCCAGAUGUAGAUUGGAGUUAUGGUGAGCCCACAGAAAUGCUGACACUUAGAAACUCAGAAGAUUCUGAAGAUGAGAUGGGGGAGAGCAGCGGUGCCUAUAUUGUUCGGAUACCCUUUGGACCAAAAGAUAAAUAUAUUCCUAAAGAGCUUUUAUGGCCUCACAUACCUGAAUUUGUUGAUGGUGCACUUAAUCACAUAAUUCAGAUGUCCAAAGUUCUGGGAGAGCAAAUUGCUGGUGGGAAGCCAAUCUGGCCUGUUGCAAUUCAUGGACAUUAUGCUGACGCAGGCGAUUCUGCUGCUCUCCUAUCUGGUGCUUUAAAUGUGCCGAUGCUUUUCACUGGUCACUCCCUUGGCAGAGAUAAGUUGGAACAGUUACUAAAACAAGGCCGGCUAUCGAGGGAUGAAAUAAAUUCUACAUACAAGAUAAUGCGUAGGAUAGAGGCUGAGGAGUUCUCCCUGGAUUCUUCUGAGAUAGUAAUAACUAGUACUAGACAAGAGAUAGAUGAACAGUGGCGUUUAUAUGAUGGUUUUGAUCCAAUACUGGAGCGUAAAUUGAGAGCAAGAAUCAAGCGCAAUGUGAGCUGUUAUGGCAGGUUCAUGCCUCGCAUGGCUAUAAUUCCUCCUGGAAUGGAAUUCCAUCACAUUGUUCCCCAAGAAGGUGACAUGGAUGGUGAAACAGAAGGAAAUGAAGACCAUCCAACUUCUCCUGAUCCACAAAUCUGGGCUGAGAUAAUGCGCUUCUUUACGAAUCCUCGUAAGCCAAUGAUUCUUGCCCUUGCUAGACCAGAUCCCAAGAAGAACAUAACAACUUUGGUUAAAGCAUUUGGAGAAUGUCGUCCAUUGAGAGAGCUUGCUAACCUUACACUAAUUAUGGGUAACCGAGAUGGAAUUGAUGAAAUGUCAAGCACAAAUGCUUCUGUUCUUCUUUCAGUGCUUAAGCUUAUUGACAAAUAUGAUCUCUAUGGGCAAGUUGCAUAUCCUAAACACCACAAGCAGUCCGAUGUCCCUGACAUUUAUCGUUUAGCAGCAAAGACCAAGGGUGUUUUCAUCAAUCCGGCUUUCAUUGAGCCAUUUGGGCUUACUUUGAUUGAGGCAGCGGCUCACGGUUUGCCCAUUGUUGCCACAAAAAAUGGAGGUCCAGUAGACAUACACCGGGUACUUGACAAUGGGCUUCUUGUUGAUCCUCAUGAUGAGAAGUCUAUUGCUGAUGCUCUUCUAAAGCUUGUUGCUGACAAGCACCUUUGGGCAAAAUGCCGACAAAAUGGGUUGAAAAAUAUUCACCUAUUCUCAUGGCCAGAGCAUUGCAAAAGUUACCUAUCACGAAUAGCCAGUUGCAAACCAAGGCAUCCUCAGUGGCAAAAAGAUAAUGAUGGAGCUGAUACUUCAGAUACAGAUUCACCAGGUGAUUCCUUGAGAGACAUACAUGAUAUAUCUUUGAACUUGAAGUUCUCAUUGGAUGGAGAAAAGACUGGAGCCAGUGGAAAUGAUUCUCUAGAAUUUGAAGGAGAUGCUUCUGAUAAAAAGAGUAAAUUAGAGAAUGCUGUUUUGGCAUGGUCAAAGGGUGUUCUGAAGAACACCCAGAAGACUGGGUCCAUAGAAAAAGGAGAACAAAACAACAGUUCUGGUAAGUUUCCAGCUUUGAGGAGGAGGAAACAGAUUUUCGUCAUUGCAGUAGAUUUCGACAGCAUUACUGGGCUUAUAGAGGCAACAAAAAACAUUUUUGAGGCUGUUGAAAGAGAAAGGAAUGAAGGCUCAAUAGGGUUCGUAUUGUCAACAUCACUGACGAUAUCUGAGAUAAACUCGUUCCUUUGCUCGGGGGGUUUUAGCCCUAGUGAUUUUGAUGCCUUUAUAUGCAAUAGUGGUAGUGACCUCUAUUACUCAACUCUUAAUUCAGAGGAUGGUCCCUUUGUGGUUGACUUUUAUUACCAUUCACAUAUUGAGUACCGAUGGGGAGGAGAAGGGCUGAGGAAGACUCUCGUUCGCUGGGCAACUUCAGUUACAGAUAAAAAGGCUGAGAACAAGGAACAGAUUGUUACAUCAGCAGAACAACUUUCAACCGACUAUUGUUAUGCUUUCAGAGUGCAAAAGCCAGGACUGGUUUCCCCUGUUAAGGAACUCCGAAAGUUGCUAAGGAUUCAAGCUCUCCGUUGUCAUGCUAUUUAUUGUCAAAAUGGGACCAGGAUAAAUGUUAUUCCAGUAUUAGCUUCUCGCUCUCAAGCCCUAAGGUAUCUAUAUGUCCGUUGGGGCGUGGAAUUGGCAAAAAUGGUAGUUUUUGUUGGAGAAUCCGGAGACACGGAUUAUGAAGGAUUGCUUGGUGGGAUACACAAGAGUGUGAUACUGAAAGGAGUCUGUAGUAAUGCAAGUAACCAACUCCAUGCCAACAGAAACUACCCUCUUUCAGAUGUUAUAGCAUUGGAUAACUCCAAUGUUGUUCAGACAGCUGAAGAAUGCAGGCCAUCAGAAAUCCGUAGUUCCUUGGAGCAAUUAGGUUGUCUCAAGGGUUAGACUCUCAUCGCCAUUAAAAUUUUUUCUGGAGCGUCCAUGUUCGUGCAAGCAUUCCGGUUAGCAUUCCCAUUAUGGAUCCUUAAGAGGCUUUGCUUGUGAGUUUCUACUUUCUGUUUAUUCCAUGUAGAGUCAAUCCUUUCUUGCUUUUAUUGGCAUAUGAUGUAUAAUGGUCCAUGACUUCAUCAUCAAAACAUAAUAAAUUAUGCACUUCUGCGUGGUGUCUCUAUCAGACCACUGAUGGCGAAGGUUAAAUGUUAUAACGUCCCAGAAUGUUCAUAAAUGAUUCUAAUACAUGAAAAUAAGUCUUUUUCUUCC